AUGAGUCCCUCUACCAAUGAAGAGACCGAACAAAAUUUGGUUGAAGCCAACUUGAAGACAGAUGAGGAGGCGGUCAAGCUGCCGUCGCGUAAACCACAGGACGACGUCGUGGACUGGGACGGCCCCGAUGACCCCCAGAAUCCCCUCAACUGGUCUAACACCAAGAGUUUUGGUCAUGUCGUGAUUGUGGCUGUCUUGUCGAUGGUCGUCAACAUCGCCUCGACCAUGGUCGCUCCGGCGAUGGCAGGUGUGUCUAGGGACUUGGAGAUUACCGACAUGACCCUGGCAACACUCGCCGUCAGUAUCUAUCUGCUAGGAUUUGCAUUGGGCCCCCUUGUCAUCUCUUCGCUCUCCGAGAUGUACGGGCGCCUCAUCGUAUACCAUACAUUCAAUACCAUCUUCGUCAUUUUCGUUAUCGCUUGCGCCCUGAGUCAAACUACGGCCCAAUUUCUGGUCUUCCGGUUCAUAUCUGGUUGCGCGGGAGCGGCGCCACUUUCCCUUGGUGGUGGAACAAUUGCCGAUGUUAUCCCGAUCGAGAAACGCGGUGCGGCAGCGGCCUUGUUUGGCCUAGGUCCCCUUCUAGGACCGGUUUUGGGACCGGUGAUUGGGGGCUUCGUUGCCCAAGGAAAGGGCUGGCGAUGGACCUUCUGGGUGGUCGCAAUCGUCGGAGGAGCAGCGGGUAUCGGGACACUCAUCUUCAUGCGCGAAACGCAUCCUAACACUCUGUUGGAACGGAAGGCUGCGCGCUUGCGACGCACAACCGGCAACCCUCACCUCCGAUCUAAACUUGAUCGCGGCCUCACGAACCAGCAGAUCAUUGUCGCCGCCCUCGUACGCCCUACCAAACUUUUGAUAUUCUCACCGAUCGUGCUUGGCAUGUCCAUCUAUGUGGCUCUCAUCUUCGGCCUUCUAUACCUCCUCUUUGCUACCUUCAGCAUGGUCUUCGAAGGCCAGUACGGAUUCACCACCGGCACUUCUGGUCUGGCCUACCUCGGCCUUGGUAUUGGCGAGCUGGUGGGGCUGGUCGUCUUCGGAAUCCUUAGUGACCGCAUCUUGAAGGCGAAAAUGGCGGCGGACAAUGUCCAGGUACCUAAGCCCGAGUACCGGCUGGUCCUGAUGAUGUGGUUCCCACCAGUAAUUGGACUUGGGCUGUUUAUUUACGGUUGGACGGCAUAUUACAAGGUGCAUUGGAUGGCUCCGAUCUUUGGGACGUCCAUUGUCGGGUUUGGGUCCUUCUUCGUGAUCAUGCCAUCUCAGCUCUACCUAGUAGAUCUCUUCGGGUCAGAAGCGGCAGCAUCUGCAUUGGGGGCUAAUAUUCUCCUCCGCUCGAUGUUCGGGGCCUUCUUGCCGCUGGCCGGGUCUCAUAUGUAUGCGGCGCUCAACUACGGAUGGGGUAACACACUGCUAGGAUUCCUGGCACUGGCAUUUGCUCCCGUGCCGAUUUUCUUCUAUCGGUACGGAGAAUGGCUACGGAGUCGGACAACAGUCAAACUGUGA